AUGGAUUCUACUCAUGGUCAGUCGACUUAUGGUCACUUGCGUUCAAUUAAGUUGUGGCCUCCUAGCCAAACCACCAGGCAAGUGCUUGUGGAUCGUAUAGUAAAAAACCUCACAACUCCCUCCAUUUUAUCGCGAAAAUAUGGUCUUCUAAGCAAAGAAGAAGCCGAAGAAGAUGCUAAACAAAUCGAGUCUGCAGCCUUUUCUGCUGCAAACCAACACUUUGAAAAAGAACCAGAUAGCGAUGGGGCAUCAACUGUGCAAGUUUACGCUAGAGAAUCCAGUAAACUUAUGGUGGAAGUCGUCAAAAGAGGACCUCGACCAAAAGAGGAUAGAGAUAUUAUACCAGAUUUGUUAUCUGACCAUGAAUCUGUUUUCGACAUUUCUGGAGGGCGCCGAGCUUUUAUUGACGCGGAAGAAGCUAAAGAACUUCUGAAACCACUAAAAGAACCCGAAAACAAAUACACAAAGAUUUGUUUUAGUAAUAGAAGUUUCGGUCUACCAGCUGCCCAUGUCGCUGCCUCCAUUCUGUCGAAUCUAAAGAACCAAUUGACAGAAGUUGAUCUUUCAGAUUUUGUUUCUAGAAGGCCAGAACCAGAAGCUAUUGAAGUUAUGAGGAUGUUUUCAUCGGCUCUCGAGGGUUGUGACCUCAGUUAUUUGAAUCUUUCGAAUAAUACUUUGGGUGAAAGGGGGAUUCGGGCAUUCGGUGAUCUUUUAAGGUCUCAAGAAAAUCUUGUUGAAUUGUAUCUGAUGAAUGCCGGUAUAUCGGAGGAAGCUGCAAAGGCAUUGCGCGAGUUAAUCCCUUCAUCGAAGAAACUCAAGAUUCUUCAUUUUCAUAAUAACAUGAUUAGAGAUGGAGGAGCGAUUGCCAUUUCUCAACUCGUUAAAGAAUCUCCGAUGCUAGAGGAUUUCAGGUGUUCUUUGGCACGGAUCGGCUCUGUAGGCGGCGUCGCUCUUGCCGAAGCACUUGCUACUUGCACCCUUUUGAAAAAGCUCGAUUUACGCGACAACGUAUUCGGAACUGAAGCCGGGAUCGCUCUAAGUCGGGGUCUAUCCGGGCACGCCAAUCUCAUCGAAAUCCACCUCGGUCACCUGAACCUCGAGGACGAAGCCGCCAUCGCCAUUUUAAACGCUCUAGAAACUUGUCCUUCUUCCAUUGAAGCUCUAGAGAUGGCCGGAAACGCCAUUACUUCUGAAGCAGCUCCGGCGAUUGCUGCCUGUAUAACUUCAAAGAAAGAUUCUUUAACCAAAUUAAACUUAUCGGAAAACGAACUGAAGGAUGCCGGUGCGGUUGCGAUCGGGAGGGCGGUGGCGGUGGAGGAGGAGUUUGGGCGGUUGAUGAUGGUGGAUUUGAGCAGUAACGGGAUUGGAAGUGGUGGCGCAAGGAUACUGGCUAAGGCGGUUGCGGGUAAACCUGUGUUUAGGCUGCUGAAUAUUAAUGGUAAUUUUAUAUCGAAUAAAGGGAUUGAGGACGUCCGUGAGAUCUUCCAGAAUUCACCUCGAAUGCUUGGACCUCUGGAUGCCAAUAACCCUGAUGGGGAAGAUGAUGAUUGAUGAUAACAAUUGAAAACCAUCUCCAAAUCAACCACAAAGAAUAGGUUCGUGUUUCGAAUUUAAAAAAAAAAAAAGAUUUUAGAGCUCUUUUAUU